UGUCGCCAUCUUGAUCCGUUUGUUGUUAGCUUACCUGCUAAAGUGGCUACAUUUAGCAGCAUCUCCCUCCUGCAGCUGGGUCACUUUGGUUGUAGCCUCGCCGUUUCUUCCCGUCGUCAUGGACGAGGAGUAUUACGGCAGUGCGGGGGACUGGGAAAGCUCGGACGGACCCCUGGAGGAUGGUUACGAUGAAGAAAACGAUGGGAAAGUUCAGGAGGACUGUUUGCAGAAAUUCUCCAGCAGGGAUUACAUCAUGGAGCCUGCCAUAUUCAACACUCUGAAAAGAUAUUUCCAGGCUGGCGGCUCUCCAGAACACGUCAUCCAGCUUCUCUCUGAAAACUACUCUGCUGUUGCACAGACUGUUAAUCUGCUGGCGGAGUGGCUCAUUCAGAUGGGUGUAGAACCAGCUCAGGUCCAAGAGCGAGUAGAAAACCACCUCAAGAGUCUCCUGAUAAAACACUUUGACCCCCAGAAAGCAGAUUCCAUCUUCACUGUGGAAGGAGAGACUCCUGCUUGGCUGGAGCAGAUGAUCGCUCACACCACAUGGAGGGAUCUCUUCUAUAAGCUGGCAGAGGCUCACCCUGACUGCCUGAUGCUCAACUUCACUGUAAAGCUCAUUUCUGAUGCAGGUUAUCAGGGUGAGAUCACCAGUGUUUCCACAGCGUGUCAGCAGCUGGAGGUGUUCUCCCGGGUGCUGAGGACGUCUUUGGCCACGCUGCUGGAUGGAGGAGAAGAAAACCUGGAGAAAAACCUGCCAGAGUUUGCUAAGAUGGUUUGUCACGGCGAGCACACCUACCUCUUUGCCCAGGCCAUGAUGUCCAUCCUGGCUCAGGAGGAGCAGGGCGGUUCAGCUGUCCGUAGGAUCAGCCAAGAGGUCCAGAAGUCUGCACAUGCCAGGGGCCACGAUGCCAGUCAGAUCACCCUCGCUCUGGGUACAGCAGCAGCCUACCCUCGAGCCUGCCAGGCGCUGGGAGCCAUGCUCUCCAAAGGAGCCCUAAAUCCCGCCGACAUCACCGUUCUCUUCAAGAUGUUCAGCAGCAUGGAUCCUCCUCCAGUAGAGCUGAUCAGGGUACCGGCUUUCCUGGACCUGUUCAUGCAGUCGCUUUUUAAACCCGGAUCCAAAAUCAACCAGGAUCACAAACACAAAUACAUCCACAUCUUAGCCUAUGCUGCCAGUGUGGUGGAGACAUGGAAGAAGAACAAGCGAGUCAACAUUAAUAAAGACGAGUUGAAGUCAACAUCCAAGGCCAUUGAGACGGUGCACAACCUCUGCUGCAACGAGAACAAAGGAGCCACGGAGCUGGUGGCUGAACUCGGCACUUUAUACCAGUGCAUCCGGUUUCCGGUGGUUGCUAUGGGAGUCUUAAAGUGGGUGGACUGGACAGUUUCAGAACCCAGCUACUUCCAGCUCCAAACGGACCACACCCCGGUCCAUUUAGCCUUACUGGACGAGAUCUGCACGUGCCACCAGCUGCUGCAUCCGCAGGUUCUUCAGCUGCUCAUCAAGCUGUUUGAGACGGAGCACUCUCAGCUGGACGUCAUGGAGCAGCUGGAGCUGAAGAAGACGCUGCUGGACCGAAUGGUUCACCUCCUGAGUCGUGGCUACGUCCUGCCGGUCGUCAGCUACAUCCGCAAGUGUCAGGAGAAACUCAACACGGACAUCUCCCUCAUUAGAUACUUUGUCACCGAGGUGCUGGAUGUGAUCGCUCCGCCCUACACAUCAGACUUCGUCCAGCUCUUUUUACCCAUCCUGGAGAACGACAGUAUCGCAGGAACCAUCCGCACAGAAGGAGAACACGACCCGGUCGCAGAGUUCAUCGCUCACUGCAAAUCUAACUUCAUUAUGAUAAACUGAGAAGGAAAACAUGCUGGAAAUUUCCAAACUCAAGGAGAUGUGUUCUGGGAGACUCCAGGGUUCAGCCUGACAUUUCAGUUUGGUCUAAGGAAAUUUAUUAAUGAGGCAACAAAGGUCGCCGUGUCGGAGCGAACCGCGGCUGCUCCAGGAGACACCUCUGAAGUUGCAGCUAAACGUUUCUUCCCCCUCUUGUUUUAUAUUCUACAGUUUUAGGUUGAUGCUUUUCUUUUUACAAUACAAAUGUUUUGUGUAAUCUAUUUAAUUUUCUUAUUAAAAACCCAAACAUUAAAACAAAAAUCCAUCUUCUCCUUUUGCUGUAAAAAAAACUUAAUAAA